UAGAGCUGAGCCCGCGAUAUUGUUGUUGAAAUUUCCAACCUUGGAAUUUAUCCUGCACUCAUAAAUAGCUAUAGAUAUCUAAAGAAUAUAAAAAAAUGAUCAUACUAUAGGGCGAUGAGUAACAAAGCAACCGACCGACAAUGCAUGGUAUGCAGAGAAUCAGUCUCCAAGUACAGAUGCCCUUCAUGCAACUACAGAUAUUGUUCACUAUCUUGCUUCAAAAAACACAAAGAAAAGAUAUGUGUGGCAGAAUCAAGUAGAUUGAAGAAAUGCGAAGAAGAAAGAAAUAAGAUGGCUCAAGUUAAAGAAGAGGAUCUUGAAGAAGGAGAAGUUUACGAUGAUGUCCAGGUUACAGAAGAUGAAGAUAGACUUAAUGAGCAUGACUUAGCCAAACUAGCCAAUUCCAAAGCCAUCAGAGACUUACUAUGCAAUCCUCACCUCAGGAAAAUGAUCACAGAAAUUGACUGUCAUCCAAAUCCUGGAGUUAUCCUGGGAAAUGCCAUGAGAGAACCUGUGUUUGCUGAAUUUGCAGAUCAAUGUCUUGCUGUUGUACAGGAUCCAAUGGUUAGAAAAGCAAGCAAUGAAAAUGAUGCUGCCUUCCUAUGAUAAAACUGUAGAAAUCAAAUAACUAAUAACUAAUUGGACAAAGUGUCAAGAUGACAGGACCUCCCUUUUCUUAGCAUGCUUGCAGGCAUUUGCCUGUGUGUGUGUUUUUCGUUUGUGUUGGGUGUGGGCUGUAGGGAGGGGGGUUCCUCAGCCCCUGUUUGGGUGGAGUGAUGCUUGCAAGGGUCUGUAACCCUGACUCUGUCUUGGAAAAAAAUAUUUUAAAUAAAAUACCUACCUUUUAUUUUUUAUACCCUGUUUAGUACAAGGUAAAAAUGAAUUAUGGAAAACCAGAAUAUUCCCCAAGCAUUGGAAUUCUUGUGAUAUGAAGGCAAUGACAAAAUUAUACUUGACAAUUUAUAUAAAAGCAAAAAUGACAAUCAGAACCCUGUUCAAGGAAA